AUGGACGCUUCUACCAAGGAGACGCAGGCGCAGAUUCUGCAAAUGACGCAGUUCAUCCUCAACGAGGCGAGAGACAAGGCUGAAGAGAUCGACACCAAGGCGCUCCAGGAAGAGAGCAUCGAGCGCUUGAAGAUUGUGAACUCCAUGAAGGAGAAGAUCCAGCAGGAGUAUGCAAGGAAAACCAAGCAGAUCGAGACUCAGGCUGCCAUUGCGCGGUCGACGGCCAUCAACCGGUCGCGCCUGGAAAAGAUUAAGAGCCGGCAGGAGAUGCUGACAAAGCUGUCCGAAGAGUCGCAGGCGCAGCUGGUGGAGAAGCUGAAAGCCCAGGCGACCCACAAGCAGUUCAUCACCAAGCUUAUCGUGCAGGGCCUGCUGAUGUUGCUGGAGGACCACGUGGAAGUCCGGUGUCGCAAAUGUGACGAAGCCUUAGUUGCCGAAUGCCUCGAUGGCGCUGUGAAGGAGUACACCGAGGUCAUCAAGAAGUCGACUGGAGCGACGAAGACCUGCAAAGUCAGCCUAGACAAGGCGGUGCAGCUGCCCCCGGCGCCAGGGGGAGGCCAGCACGGACCAACCUGCCUUGGUGGCGUGGUCUUGGCGUGUCAGAAGGGCUCCAUCACCAUCGACAACACUAUCGACUCCCGUCUCGAGCUGGUCAUGGAGCAGGCGAAGCCAACGAUCAGGAAGCUGUUGUUCACAAAGUGA